AUGGCUCUCGAUGUGUGUUACCAAGUGUUGAGGAGAGCGAGAGGAGAGAGAAAGCAGGAGGGCAGUCCGUGCACAAGCAAGCCGUCGAGGGCAGGAGAGAAGCGACAAGAUCCGUGUCCAGGCGAGGGUCGAGGAUCGAGGAAGGCAGUCCAAAUCCGCAAGAGAACAACGGUAGAUCACAAUGGACUAAAGGGGCAAGGCGAGAAGGCAGUCCGUGGGCAGGCAAGCGGUCGGGGGCUGGAGAGAAGCAACGAGGUCCGUGUCCAAGAAGGAGUCAAGGAUCGAGGGAGGCAGUCCGGAAUCCAGAGGGGAGUCGAGGCACACAGCUCGAUCACGGGAAACAGGGGAAGCACUGCGGGGGACACAAAGGACAUAAGACACGGGAACAGGGAAGGCACAGAGAGAGAACAAGUACACGGAAGGGAAGCCAGAGACUGGAUGCUUACUACGAGAGUGAACUACGUUCCGUCACUGGAUCUUCAGGUCCGCUGGUCUUUAUGCUGUCUGUCUUCGUUAGUCCCAGGUGUGCUGACUGGUGAUUGCUUGCAGCUUGCGACCGGAGCGAGUCCCGGCACGCUUCUAGAGGAGGUGCCGGCACAGUUUGCAACAGAAUACAUGCGGGAUUGCGCAAGCGCCGUGACAUCUCUACCAUAUAUGGACAAUCCACUGAGGUCACCAAUGGGGCAAAUUCCAAACAGCUCGUUUCCUGGAAGUGUGACGGAGGGCAAGAUUGAUUUAACAAAUAAACAACAGCAGCAUCAAGCGGUGAGAGGUGCGUUGGUGGAUGGAGCGAAAACGGCGUGAUGGGAGGAGCUCACAGGCCUCCAAACUUGCAGCCCGAGACCAUCAUCACUUUGGAAAUGACAGUGGAGGUGAUACCGUGCUGUUAUGGGGCCGCAGGGUGGGCCGUGAGCGAGGCCCGUCUUCAGCCAGGAUGGAUGGGCUUCUCUCUGCGGACUAAAUUAAUACUGGGAUUGCUUUUGGAGCUCCUAAGGAGCUAAUCAGACGCAAGUUAUCUGAAGAGCCUGAGGGCUAGGCUGGCAGGAAGCAGGUGCUUCACGAAAACUCUCAGCGCAACGUUCCCGAGUUGGACACAGCGGUGCAGUUAGUCAUCGAUGAAACCCUUGCAAUUUCUAAACCGUCGUAAACAAAGCCGACUAAACACACUUUAAAUAUAUAACCAGAGUCUGCCAUCAGGAUUCACAUAUUAUUUACUGGAAAAUUUUGUGAAAUUGUCGUUAGUAAAACAUCUAACAUCCGGCAAUAGUCCCCUUAUGCAUACAUAUAGGGUGUGCCAAAUUGUUCUCCAAAACAUGACUGAGUGGUUACAUGUCUCAGGCAUGCUUUGUCUUAAAUAUUCCGAUAAAAUAUUCAAACUGGUAAUGAUUUGAUAACCCAUUUCAUCAGUGUUUAAUACGCACACAGUGCAAACAGAUAUUAGGUGACACCUAUUACGAUUACGCAUGCCCCUCCUGGUACCCUAGCACCUCCAAAACCCUCAAAUCUAGACUCCAAACAUCCCAGAACAAGCUAGUCAGAUUACUUCUAGACCUCCACCCCAGAUCCCACCUCACUCCUACCCACUUCUCUAAAGUGGGCUGGCUCAGGGUGGAGGACAGAGUAAAACAACUUGCACUGAGCCUAGUCUAUAAAAUCCGCUGCACCUCCCUGAUACCGAAGUACAUGUCAAACUACUUCCAUAACCACGACACCAGGGGGAGCUCCACUAACCACGUUAAACCCAGAUUCAGAUCUAACAAAGGUCUUAACUCAUUAUCUUUCUAUGCCACAUCAAUGUGGAAUGCGCUCCCAACAGGUGUAAAAGAAAGGGCAUCUCUAUCCUCCUUCAAAACCGCAAUAAAAGUUCACCUCCAGGCAACUUCAACCCUAAACUAACACCCUCCCCGGAUUGUUAAUAAUCAAAUGUAAACAAUCAAAUGCAGACAUUUUUCUUAUGUCUUCUGAUCUCUCUCUAUGUCCACUACUUGCUGUACAUAUUCUACCAAGUCAGACCUACACUGUUUCAAUAUCCAUUUCUCUGUUCUCAAUUGUUGAUGACUGAUGAUAACAACCAGGCCCGGCCCUAACCAAUCUGGCGCCCUAGGCAAGAUUUUAGGUGGCGCCCCCCCACAUCGGCAGUGAAGUGUAUAUACUCACAAGAACCCGAAUAGCUUUGUCUUUGACCUUUUUUUUUACUUACAACUAUACCUAAUAUAUAAAGGGGUGGAAAAGUGACUAUUACCUGCAGGGCAAACAUUAGCUAAC